GUCAGACACCAGUCGCUGCGUCAAGUGGUCACCUGCGCCUCACAUACACGAACCUUGGAGGUAGGCUGAGCGUCGCUUUGCGCUCAUUGGCCUUCGUCGAGGCGGCGCUUCCGCUUCCCUUUCGCUGCCCUUAGGAAAGCGUGUCACACUUUCGGAUGGCUAGCGUGGCCUUUUAGCAUCAACGGCGGCAACAAGGGCCGCUCGUCAUACCAAGGUCGACGGGAUUUCAGAAUGGGCAGCAUGCCGCAUUUUCCGCCGCUACAGCACCAACAUCCCACCUUGCCGCCUCUCGGACAGCCGGUUGGCUAUUCGAUCCACCAUUCGGAGCGUCUCCACGCCAUGCUGCCCAGGCCCCAGGCAAACGAGCCUAACCCGCCUCCACCUUACCACCCACACCAACACCAGCGUCAGCAACAGCAACAGCAACAGCAUCAGCAUCAGCAGCAGCAGCAGCAGCAUCAGCAUCACCAGCUGCCACCCAUGCCUGGGAGUUUGUGGAGGAGCACCAACCCGUCUCUCCCAUCGUCCUUGCCUGCAUCGGCCUGGUUGCAAGGAUGUCCGACUCACUGGCAACACCACUCGCCGCCUCAACAUCGACAUCAGCAGUACCAGCACCCACACCAACAUCAGCGCCACCAGCAGCAGCAUAGAUCUCCGCAGCAUGCGGGAGAUUCGUCGAACUCGCAUGACCUGAAGCUAGAUGAUUCCUUCCCCGCCAACAGUGUCGGGCGGAAGGAGCGAUUGGCUAGCAGGGAAAGCGCGCAAGGCGAGGCGAGCGACUCACAAGCAGGGAACGGGACCGCCAAUGGGAAUAAAAGUCCUGCUACAGCUGCACGUGCGACUUUUUGCAAGCCGAAGCUGACGCCCAGCUGCGCUCGGUGUCGUGCAAAGAAGCUCAAAUGCGAUCAGCAAGUGCCGUGCUCAAACUGCAUCGUCAAGAAGCUGGAGCACGAAUGCCACAAGGAGGAGCGUGCUCCCCGGCAGCCCAAGAAGCGCAAGGGGGACGCAUCUUUCGAUGGCGGCGCCGACGAAGCUGGCGGAUCGGGGGACAAGGAUCCUGAGGCGCUGGAAGUGCUCAAGCAGCGCAUCGUCGAGCUCGAGCGCCUGCUUGCGCGCACCGGCUCCACGCACGCCACCCAGUCGAUCAGGCAGCACAAGGUCGAGGGUACCGCUGCCUUCCUCGAAGAGUACAUUAUCCGCGAAGCCCUCAGCUUCACCCCGGUCGCCAUUACGGGCGUGCACCCGUGUACGGCAGACAUGCCGAACAGCAGUGGCAUUUCCAUGCUCGCACCGACGACCAUGACCGCUGCGGUCACGUCGCCCAACACAGGAUCCCCGUUACGCCAGCAAGGUAACUCGCACAGGACCGUCGUCGCGUACAUGAACGAGUUUGGAGGGGCCAAACUCAGAGAGAGACCGAAUGCAUUUUGGGAAAAGAACGAAAAUCAAGAAGCGCGUGUGCACCUUGUCGAGAGUGUCAGGUCGUUGCUUGCGGAACUAGGGCCACAGGUCCGGGCAGAUCUCCUCCGGUAUUGCUGGCCUAUCCGUGCGAUGGGUAUGUUCGACCGAUGCAUCUGGGUUCCCGAGGUCGUGGAGAAUAUCGAGCGCUUCAUCCACCGGACGCACCAGUACGCUGAUGGCUGGAACGACAUGAACGAGCUUGCGCUCUUCUGCAUGGCCAUCUCCGUCGCGAUCCAGUUCUACCCUGGCGUUGGCACCGUGCGGCGGACACUGCCUGCCACAAUGAAGCACUGGAACAAGGGCAAGCUGAUGCUCUUCCGGAAUGCGGGCCGCGAAUGUCUCGCGCUUGAGCAGAACAUGGCAAUCGCCUCGCUUGAAGGCCUACAAGCACUGAUCCUGCUGAGUGGCCAAGGUCUCGACGAUGCCGACUACUCUGCGUUCCUCGACGACAUCCUCCGGCGUGGCGUGAUCCGCAUGGAGCUCAACAAGCUCGGCAGCCUGUCCAUGCUUGGCUACGAGCCAGGCACGACCGUUGAGCAGUGCAGGCGCAAGGAGAUGGCUGUUCGCGUCUUUUGGCACGUCGUCUCGCGAGACUGGUCGUUGGGGCAGUCGACGCGCACGUACACGUUUCUCCCCGAGCAGAUCACCACGCGGCCGCCAUUGAAUCUCAAGGAUGUCGACAUGCGCCAAGUCCCGUUCGCGCCGUCGCGGCCCUUUGACGAGUGGACCGAGACGUACAUGUUCAUCGCCAAGAUCCACCUGUCGCACAUCGUUAGAGGCUCUAUCGACAUGCUCAACGAGCAGGCGCAGAAAGGCGGCUCGAGCCGCGUAUGGAACCAGGGAAAUCGCGCCAUCCUGGACGAGCAGUACCAGUUCUUCCUAAAGCAGCUGCCGAGCUUCUUCCAGCUUGAUAUCCCCUUUGAGGGCCCGUCGGAGACGCAGAAGGGCGCCGCAGAAGUGCAACGCUGGCUCCUCCAUCAGCUCGUCUUCAGCCUGCUCCUCAAAUUGCACAGGAGCGAUCUCGGGAAGAAACGCGUGCAAAGCUCAUGCAUCAGCUUGUCAUACGUCAUCCUCGAAAUUCACGACAAGGUCCGAAAGCGAUGCCGAGUCAUCGACUCUUUGGCGAUCAAUCAGGAUCACGUCUACAGCGCAUGCAUUGUGCUGCUGCUGGACCUGUAUGCCGACCACAGCGCCGAGGCUCGGCGUGCCACUGGUCUGGACCGCAUAAUGAUUCGCUCCAAAAUCCGGCGCGCUGCCGGCUGGCUGGACAAGACGCAGCCGCGCACGGCAAAAGCGGCGCGUCUCUUAGAGCGGCUCCUGGACGAGGAGGAGCGACACGUGCAAGAGAACGGCGAGUCGGGCGUCGUCGGAUAUACACGCCUAAUCGAGAUCGCUGCAAGCAUGAACGAGGAGGAGCAAGCGCGCGCACGCGGUGAGACCUGUUCCCUGCGGCCGUCGCAUCUGACCGAUUCGCAUCAAUCAAAGGUCGACACCGGUCUUCACAAAGAAUCAUCACCUGGUAGCAUCUCGCGAUCGACAUGUCUGUCGUCCGAGACGCCGGCGACGCCGGUUGAUACGGCGCUUUACCCUUCGCUCGUCUGGCCGUACGAGGGGCCGCCGCCUGCGCUGACGACAGCGGCGAACGUCCUGCAGGUCCUGCGUUUCCCUAGCGCGUCUUCCGCCAUGCCGCCCGCACCAUCAUGCACGGGCUCAACCAGUACGGACGCAUUGCAUGCGCUCGCAAGCGGCAGUGGCAGUCGCGAUGGCAGCAGCAACGGCUCACCUGCUGCAUUUGGCGCGCUUGCGUCGACACCUGCGCGGUCUAUCGCCAGCAUGGGCGACGGACGGUCAGCUAAGGUUCCAGUGAUAGCAUUGGACCCCUCGCAGUCCUUCAACGAUGAUCUUCUGUGGCAAAUGGUUUUCGGAAAGACGACUCAGACCGGUUUGCAAAAGUCCCGCUGAGACAAUAGGUUAUGUUUUGUUUGCUUGCUAGAUUUCCUUCUUUCUUCCUGAUCUAGUGCUACUAUGCAUUGUGUGUUCAUAUAUCCUAUAGUAUGGUGCCAUUGGCUGCUUCCUAUCUAUCGCAAAUCAA